AUGGCCACCACCCUCCUCGUCACAGUGGGCUCGACCCAGUUCCAGCAACUCACAGACGCCGUGCUCGCCCCGGCCGUCCUCGACGCCCUCCCGCAGCUGGGCGUCAGCGACCUUGUCGUCCAGCUCGGCAGCGCUCAGCUUCCCGCGGCUGUCCAGCUGCAACUCUCCAGCGCUGGCGAGGGAGCGUUCACCCAUGGAGGAGACGGCAGCAAGCUGCGUGUGGAUGUGCUGCGGUACACGAAGGGGGCCAGGGAGAUGGACGCGUUGAUUGCGCGCGCGGGCGUCGUCGUUAGCCAUGCCGGUGGGUGUCCUCAAGCAGCUGCCUCUCUGACGUGGGUGUGGUCUAGACAGCAACUGACAAUACCCGGCUUAGGAUCUGGAACGAUCCUUGAAGUACUGCGAAAGUCGCCCCCUCCACGCCUCCUCGUCGUUCCCAACCCGGCACUCAUGGACGACCACCAGCGCGAGCUCGCCGGCGCGCUCGCGGCGGGCAAGUACCUGACGGUGUCUGAUGUCGACUCCCUGCUCGACGGUCUCCGCCGCGUCCUCACCGUCGACGACACGACGCCGGCACCAAAACGCUUCCCCGCGCCGCAGCCAGAACGGUUUGCGGCCAUCUUGGAUAAGACUGCCGGGUUCUAG